AUGUGCGACUGCUUCCACGUGGUGCUGCCCACCUGGCCCGGAGCCCCCGGCAGCGUGUCUGGACGGCAGCUGCAGAACCAGGAGCCAGGGGUGGAGACUGAAGAGGACUACUCUGUGACUGAAGGGCCUGUGGGUGAGAUCAUUCGGCCAAGGCCGCAGGGGUCCUCCCCUGUUUAUGAAUACACAGCUGACGGUGCUGGCUUUGGAGCCCAGGAAAACAACCAGGGCAGGCACAGCUCCUCUGGCAGACGGAGAUCCUGGUGGAAAAGGGAUUCAGGAGAAUCCACAGCCUUCUCCAGUAUGAAUCAUCCAGAGUCUACGCAGGAGGCAACAGAGGUGACCUUGAAGACUGAGGUAGAGUCAGGAGCCAGUGGCUACACAGUCACAGGUGGAGGGGACCAGGGGAUCUUUGUCAAGCAAGUGCUGAAGGACUCCUCUGCUGCCAAACUAUUCAGCCUGAAAGAAGGGGAUCAACUUCUCAGUGCAACCAUAUUCUUUGACCACAUGAAAUACGAAGAUGCUCUUAAAAUCCUUCAGUACUCAGAACCAUACAAAGUUCAGUUCAGAAUCAAACGGAAACUCUCCGCCAGCAAGGGAGAGCAGUCAGCCGUUCAGCAAUCUCAGCGAGGCUUGAAAGGCCAGGGAGAACAGGACAAGGACAGUGCUGACGGAUACAUGGAGACCCCUACAAAGACGCUAGAAGCAGAUGGAGACCGAGAAAGGCUUAUUUCUAAGUCCAGGGAUGGUCGCCAGAGGCGGCCCCAGGACAGACUCUCCUGGCCAAAAUUUCAAGCCUUAAGGAGCAAGCGGAGGACAGGCCCCCGACGCUCACACAGUUCCUCAGAAGCCUCAGAGCACAGGGACACACGUGAUGUGUCCCCCACAAGCACAGACACAGAGGCCCAGCUGACAGCUGACAGCCGAGAGCAGAAGUCAGGGUCAGGAAGACGAAGGAGGAGGUUCCUGAACCUGAGACUUGGGAUGAGCUCAGGGCAAGGCCCAAAUACAACUGAGCAGGUGGGCAGAGAGCUGCAGGACAGGCAGGAUCGUGCUGGGGUGCUGCAAGAGUCCCAGCCACAGGAGGAUGAGACUCUGGCACCCGGAUUCAUGUCUGCUGUAACUAUGCAGAAGCCUACGAAGCCAAGUCAUCCCAACUUGGACAAAGAAGGCCCUGGAGAAAUGGUAGUGAAAACAGACAGACAUCACAGGAAGAAGAAGCAGUUGGCAAAACAAGAAAAGGAGAAGACACUUGACCAGCAUAGAGCUGAGCCAGCCCCAGGAAGGAGCUGGGAUGACGAAUGGGAAGAGGUAGAGAGCCUGGAAAUUGGCAUUGCAAGACUGUCUCUGCAAGACAAACCUGACCAAGGCAGCUCACAGGUUUCACAAAGCGAUGGGAAAACCCCGGGAACUGGGUUUUCCCCAAAAAAGAUGAAAGAGACAAAAAGAGACAUGAAAGAAGUUGUCCUAGGGGACAUGGUACAGCAAGAAUCAGGGUACAGGGACGGGAAAAAGAUACAGGUAGUAGAUUCACAAGAAGGAACAGUGCACUCUAAAGGAAGAGAGGAUGGGAGAGAGAGUUGGCAAACUGAAGAGCAGGCAAGAGAAGACAAGGAAAAGGUAAAACAGACAGAGCAUGUGAAGCUGAAGAUGCCCAAAUUCAGAAUACCAUCCUUUGGAUGGUCUCCAACAAAGGAAGUAACAGCAGUGAAAAAUAGACAAGAAUUGAAGACAUUGGACUAUGAAACACUGGAUGAGGAAAACGUAAAAGAGGCCAUAAAGAGAAAACACAGGGACAAUGUAAAAGACGAAGACACAAGAGACAAAACAGAAAAUAGAGUGACAACAAAGACCAUACAAGUGGAACAAAAAAGUAUGGAAGAAGGAGAGUAUUCAAAAAGAGAAUUAAAUUUCAAGAUGCCCAAGUUCAAGAUGCCCUCCUUCGGCGUGUCUGUGCCUGAGAAGCCCUCCGUGGAGGCCUCGCUGGAGGUGGCGGCGCCCAAAGUGGAGGCGGACGUGGCCCUGCCCUCCGUGCAGGGCGACCUCAAGACCCCUGACCUAAGCAUUCAGCUGCCCUCCGCCGACUUGGAGGUCAAAGCCGGCCAGGUGGGCGUGAAGCUGCCCGAGGGCCAGCUGCCCGAGGGAGCCGGCCUCAAGGGCCACAUGCCCAAGGUGCAGAUGCCCAGCCUGAAGAUGCCCAAGGUGGACCUGAAGGGCCCGCACGUGGACCUGAAGGGCCCCAAAGUGGACGUGAAGGGCCCCAAGGGGGAGCUGAGCGUCCCCGAGGUGGACAUCCAGGCCCCAGGUGACAAGCUGGAGGGGGACCUGACCCUGGCCGACAAGGACGUGGCCACCAAAGACAGCAAGUUCAAGAUGCCCAAGUUCAAGAUGCCCUCCUUCGGCGUGUCUGUGCCUGGCAAGCCCUCCGUGGAGGCCUCGCUGGAGGUGGCGUCGCCCAAGGUGGAGGCGGACGUGGCCCUGCCCUCCGUGCAGGGCGACCUCAAGACCCCUGACCUAAGCAUUCAGCUGCCCUCCGCCGACUUGGAGGUCAAAGCCGGCCAGGUGGGCGUGAAGCUGCCCGAGGGCCAGCUGCCCGAGGGAGCCGGCCUCAAGGGCCACCUGCCCAAGGUGCAGAUGCCCAGCCUGAAGAUGCCCAAGGUGGACCUGAAGGGCCCGCACGUGGACCUGAAGGGCCCCAAAGUGGACGUGAAGGGCCCCAAGGGGGAGUUGAGCGUCCCCGAGGUGGACGUGGCUCUGCCCGGCGUGGAGGUGGACAUCCAGGCCCCGGGUGCCAAGCUGGAGGGGGACCUGGCGCUGGCCGACAAGGACGUGGCCACCAAAGACAGCAAGUUCAAGAUGCCCAAGUUCAAGAUGCCCUCCUUUGGCAGGCCCUCCGUGGAGGCCUCGCUGGAGGUGGCGUCGCCCAAGGUGGAGGCGGACGUGGCCCUGCCCUCCGUGCAGGGCGACAUCAAGACCCCUGACCUCAGCAUUCAGCUGCCGUCCGCCGACCUGGAGGUCAAGGCUGGCCAGGUGGGCGUGAAGCUGCCCGAGGGCCACCUGCCCGAGGCAGCCGGCCUCAAGGGCCACCUGCCCAAGGUGCAGAUGCCCAGCCUGAAGAUGCCCAAGGUGGACCUGAAGGGCCCGCACGUGGACCUGAAGGGCCCCAAAGUGGACGUGAAGGGCUCCGAGGGGGAGCUGAGCGUCCCCGAGGUGGACGUGGCCCUGCCCGGCGUGGAGGUGGACUUCCAGGCCCCGGGUGCCAAGCUGGAGGGGGACCUGGCCCUGGCCGACAAGGACGUGGCCACCAAAGACAGCAAGUUCAAGAUGCCCAAGCUCAAGAUGCCCUCCUUUGGCAUGUCUGCGCCUGGCAGGCCCUCCGUGGAGGCCUCGCUGGAGGUGGCGUCGCCCAAGGUGGAGGCUGACGUGGUCCUGCCCUCCGUGCAGGGCGACCUCAAGACCCCUGACCUCAGCAUUCAGCUGCCGUCCGCCGACCUGGAGGUCAAGGCCGGCCAGGUGGGCGUGAAGCUGCCCGAGGGCCAGCUGCCCGAGGGAGCCGGCCUCAAGGGCCACCUGCCCAAGGUGCAGAUGCCCAGCCUGAAGAUGCCCAAGGUGGACCUGAAGGGCCCGCACGUGGACCUGAAGGGCCCCAAAGUGGACGUGAAGGGCCCCAAGGGGGAGCUGAGCGUCCCCGAGGUGGACGUGGCCCUGCCCGGCGUGGAGGUGGACAUCCAGGCCCCGGGUGCCAAGCUGGAGGGGGACCUGGCCCUGGCCGACAAGGACGUGGCCACCAAAGACAGCAAGUUCAAGAUGCCCAAGUUCAAGAUGCCCUCCUUCGGCGUGUCUGUGCCUGGCAAACCCUCCGUGGAGGCCUCGCUGGAGGUGGCGGCACCCAAGGUGGAGGCGGACGUGGCCCUGCCCUCCGUGCAGGGCGACCUCAAGACCCCUGACCUCAGCAUUCAGCUGCCGUCCGCCGACCUGGAGGUCAAGGCCGGCCAGGUGGGCGUGAAGCUGCCCGAGGGCCAGCUGCCCGAGGGAGCCGGCCUCAAGGGCCACCUGCCCAAGGUGCAGAUGCCCAGCCUGAAGAUGCCCAAGGUGGACCUGAAGGGCCCGCACGUGGACCUGAAGGGCCCCAAAGUGGACGUGAAGGGCCCCAAGGGGGAGCUGAGCGUCCCCGAGGUGGACGUGGCCCUGCCCGGCGUGGAGGUGGACAUCCAGGCCCCGGGUGCCAAGCUGGAGGGGGACCUGGCCCUGGCCGACAAGGACGUGGCCACCAAAGACAGCAAGUUCAAGAUGCCCAAGUUCAAGAUGCCCUCCUUUGGCGUGUCUGUGCCUGGCAAGCCCUCCGUGGAGGCCUCGCUGGAGGUGGCGGCGCCCAAGGUGGAGGCGGACGUGGCCCUGCCCUCCGUGCAGGGCGACCUCAAGACCCCUGACCUCAGCAUUCAGCUGCCGUCCGCCGACCUGGAGGUCAAGGCCGGCCAGGUGGGCGUGAAGCUGCCCGAGGGCCAGCUGCCCGAGGGAGCCGGCCUCAAGGGCCACCUGCCCAAGGUGCAGAUGCCCAGCCUGAAGAUGCCCAAGGUGGACCUGAAGGGCCCGCACGUGGACCUGAAGGGCCCCAAAGUGGACCUGAAGGGCCCCAAGGGGGAGCUGAGCGGCCCCGUGGUGGACGUGGCCCUGCCCGGCGUGGAGGUGGACAUCCAGGCCCCGGGUGCCAAGCUGGAGGGGGACCUGACCCUGGCCGACAAAGACGUGGCCACCAAAGACAGCAAGUUCAAGAUGCCCAAGUUCAAGAUGCCCUCCUUCGGCGUGUCUGUGCCUGGCAAGCCCUCCGUGGAGGCCUCGCUGGAGGUGUCGGCGCCCAAGGUGGAGGCGGACGUGGCCCUGCCCUCUGUGCAGGGCGACAUCAAGACCCCUGACCUAAGCAUUCAGCUGCCCUCCGCCGACCUGGAGGUCAAGGCCGGCCAGGUGGGCGUGAAGCUGCCCGAGGGCGAGCUGCCCGAGGGAGGCGGCCUCAAGGGCCACCUGCCCAAGGUGCAGAUGCCCAGCCUGAAGAUGCCCAAGGUGGACCUGAAGGGCCCGCACGUGGACCUGAAGGGCCCCAAAGUGGACGUGAAGGGCCCCAAGGGGGAGCUGAGCAUCCCCGUGGUGGACGUGGCCCUGCCCGGCGUGGAGGUGGACAUCCAGGCCCCGGGUGCCAAGCUGGAGGGGGACCUGGCCCUGCCCGACAAGGACGUGGACGCCAAAGACAGCAAGUUCAAGAUGCCCAAGUUCAAGAUGCCCUCCUUCGGCGUGUCUGUGCCUGGCAAACCCUCCGUGGAGGCCUCGCUGGAGGUGGCGGCGCCCAAGGUGGAGGCGGACGAGGCCCUGCCCUCCGUGCAGGGCGACCUCAAGACCCCUGACCUAAGCAUUCAGCUGCCCUACGCCGACCUGGAGGUCAAAGCCGGCCAGGUGGGCGUGAAGCUGCCCGAGGGCCAGCUGCCCGAGGGAGGCGGCCUCAAGGGCCACCUGCCCAAGGUGCAGAUGCCCAGCCUGAAGAUGCCCAAGGUGGACCUGAAGGGCCCGCACGUGGACCUGAAGGGCCCCAAAGUGGACGUGAAGGGCCCCAAGGGGGAGCUGAGCGGCCCCGAGGUGGACGUGGCUCUGCCUGGUGUGGAGGUGGACAUCCAGGCCCCGGGUGCCAAGCUGGAGGGGGACCUGGCCCUGGCCGACAAGGACGUGGCCACCAAAGACAGCAAGUUCAAGAUGCCCAAGCUCAAGAUGCCCUCCUUUGGCAUGUCUGCGCCUGGCAGGCCCUCCGUGGAGGCCUCGCUGGAGGUGGCGUCGCCCAAGGUGGAGGCGGACGUGGCCCUGCCCUCCGUGCAGGGCGACAUCAAGACCCCUGACCUCAGCAUUCAGCUGCCGUCCGCCGACCUGGAGGUCAAGGCCGGCCAGGUGGGCGUGAAGCUGCCCGAGGGCCAGCUGCCCGAGGGAGCCGGCCUCAAGGGCCACCUGCCCAAGGUGCAGAUGCCCAGCCUGAAGAUGCCCAAGGUGGACCUGAAGGGCCCGCACGUGGACCUGAAGGGCCCCAAAGUGGACGUGAAGGGCCCCAAGGGGGAGCUGAGCGUCCCCGAGAUGGACGUGGCCCUGCCUGGCGUGGAGGUGGACAUCCAGGCCCCGGGUGCCAAGCUGGAGGGGGACCUGGCCCUGGCCGACAAGGACGUGGCCACCAAAGACAGCAAGUUCAAGAUGCCCAAGUUCAAGAUGCCCUCCUUCGGCGUGUCUGUGCCUGGCAAACCCUCCGUGGAGGCCUCGCUGGAGGUGGCGGCGCCCAAGGUGGAGGCGGACGUGGCCCUGCCCUCCGUGCAGGGCGACCUCAAGACCCCUGACCUAAGCAUUCAGCUGCCCUCCGCCGACCUGGAGGUCAAAGCCGGCCAGGUGGGCGUGAAGCUGCCCGAGGGCCAGCUGCCCGAGGGAGGCGGCCUCAAGGGCCACAUGCCCAAGGUGCAGAUGCCCAGCCUGAAGAUGCCCAAGGUGGACCUGAAGGGCCCGCACGUGGACCUGAAGGGCCCCAAAGUGGACGUGAAGGGCCCCAAGGGGGAGCUGAGCGGCCCCGAGGUGGACGUGGCUCUGCCUGGUGUGGAGGUGGACAUCCAGGGCCCGGGUGCCAAGCUGGAGGGGGACCUGGCCCUGGCCGACAAGGACGUGGCCACCAAAGACAGCAAGUUCAAGAUGCCCAAGCUCAAGAUGCCCUCCUUCGGCGUGUCUGUGCCUGGCAAGCCCUCCGUGGAGGCCUCGCUGGAGGUGGCGGCGCCCAAGGUGGAGGCAGACGUGGCCCUGCCCUCCGUGCAGGGCGACCUCAAGACCCCUGACCUCAGCAUUCAGCUGCCGUCCGCCGACCUGGAGGUCAAGGCCGGCCAGGUGGGCGUGAAGCUGCCCGAGGGCCAGCUGCCCGAGGGAGCCGGCCUCAAGGGCGACCUGCCCAAGGUGCAGAUGCCCAGCCUGAAGAUGCCCAAGGUGGACCUGAAGGGCCCGCACGUGGACCUGAAGGGCCCCAAAGUGGACGUGAAGGGCCCCAAGGAGGAGCUGAGCGUCCCCGAGGUGGACGUGGCCCUGCCCGGCGUGGAGGUGGACAUCCAGGCCCCGGGUGCCAAGCUGGAGGGGGACCUGACCCUGGCCGACAAAGACGUGGCCACCAAAGACAGCAAGUUCAAGAUGCCCAAGUUCAAGAUGCCCUCCUUCGGCGUGUCUGUGCCUGGCAAGCCCUCCGUGGAGGCCUCGCUGGAGGUGUCGGCGCCCAAGGUGGAGGCGGACGUGGCCCUGCCCUCUGUGCAGGGUGACCUCAAGACCCCUGAAUUCAGCAUUCAGCUGCCCUCCGCCGACCUGGAGGUCAAGGCCGGCCAGGUGGGCGUGAAGCUGCCCGAGGGCCAGCUGCCCGAGGGAGGCGGCCUCAAGGGCCACCUGCCCAAGGUGCAGAUGCCCAGCCUGAAGAUGCCCAAGGUGGACCUGAAGGGCCCGCACGUGGACCUGAAGGGCCCCAAAGUGGACGUGACGGGCCCCAAGGGGGAGCUGAGCGGCCCCGUGGUAGACGUGGCCCUGCCCGGCGUGGAGGUGGACAUCCAGGCCCUGGGUGCCAAGCUGGAGGGGGACCUGGCGCUGGCCGACAAGGACGUGGACGCCAAAGACAGCAAGUUCAAGAUGCCCAAGUUCAAGAUGCCCUCCUUCGGCGUGUCUGUGCCUGAGAAGCCCUCCGUGGAGGCCUCGCUGGAGGUGGCGGCGCCCAAGGUGGAGGCGGACGUGGCCCUGCCCUCCGUGCAGGGCGACCUCAAGACCCCUGACCUAAGCAUUCAGCUGCCCUCCGCCGACCUGGAGGUCAAAGCCGGCCAGGUGGGCGUGAAGCUGCCCGAGGGCCAGCUGCCCGAGGGAGGCGGCCUCAAGGGCCACAUGCCCAAGGUGCAGAUGCCCAGCCUGAAGAUGCCCAAGGUGGACCUGAAGGGCCCGCACGUGGACCUGAAGGGCCCCAAAGUGGACGUGAAGGGCCCCAAGGGGGAGCUGAGCGGCCCCGAGGUGGACGUGGCUCUGCCUGGUGUGGAGGUGGACAUCCAGGCCCCGGGUGCCAAGCUGGAGGGGGACCUGGCCCUGGCCGACAAGGACGUGGCCACCAAAGACAGCAAGUUCAAGAUGCCCAAGCUCAAGAUGCCCUCCUUUGGCAUGUCUGCGCCUGGCAGGCCCUCCGUGGAGGCCUCGCUGGAGGUGGCGUCGCCCAAGGUGGAGGCGGACGUGGCCCUGCCCUCCGUGCAGGGCGACAUCAAGACCCCUGACCUCAGCAUUCAGCUGCCGUCCGCCGACCUGGAGGUCAAGGCCGGCCAGGUGGGCGUGAAGCUGCCCGAGGGCCAGCUGCCCGAGGGAGCCGGCCUCAAGGGCCACCUGCCCAAGGUGCAGAUGCCCAGCCUGAAGAUGCCCAAGGUGGACCUGAAGGGCCCGCACGUGGACCUGAAGGGCCCCAAAGUGGACGUGAAGGGCCCCAAGGGGGAGCUGAGCGUCCCCGAGGUGGACGUGGCCCUGCCCGGCGUGGAGGUGGACAUCCAGGCCCCGGGUGCCAAGCUGGAGGGGGACCUGGCCCUGCCCGACAAGGACGUGGCCACCAAAGACAGCAAGUUCAAGAUGCCCAAGUUCAAGAUGCCCUCCUUCGGCGUGUCUGUGCCUGGCAAGCCCUCCGUGGAGGCCUCGCUGGAGGUGGCGGCGCCCAAGGUGGAGGCAGACGUGGCCCUGCCCUCCGUGCAGGGCGACCUCAAGACCCCUGACCUCAGCAUUCAGCUGCCGUCCGCCGACCUGGAGGUCAAGGCCGGCCAGGUGGGCGUGAAGCUGCCCGAGGGCCAGCUGCCCGAGGGAGCCGGCCUCAAGGGCGACCUGCCCAAGGUGCAGAUGCCCAGCCUGAAGAUGCCCAAGGUGGACCUGAAGGGCCCGCACGUGGACCUGAAGGGCCCCAAAGUGGACGUGAAGGGCCCCAAGGAGGAGCUGAGCGUCCCCGAGGUGGACGUGGCCCUGCCCGGCGUGGAGGUGGACAUCCAGGCCCCGGGUGCCAAGCUGGAGGGGGACCUGACCCUGGCCGACAAAGACGUGGCCACCAAAGACAGCAAGUUCAAGAUGCCCAAGUUCAAGAUGCCCUCCUUCGGCGUGUCUGUGCCUGGCAAGCCCUCCGUGGAGGCCUCGCUGGAGGUGUCGGCGCCCAAGGUGGAGGCGGACGUGGCCCUGCCCUCUGUGCAGGGUGACCUCAAGACCCCUGAAUUCAGCAUUCAGCUGCCCUCCGCCGACCUGGAGGUCAAGGCCGGCCAGGUGGGCGUGAAGCUGCCCGAGGGCCAGCUGCCCGAGGGAGGCGGCCUCAAGGGCCACCUGCCCAAGGUGCAGAUGCCCAGCCUGAAGAUGCCCAAGGUGGACCUGAAGGGCCCGCACGUGGACCUGAAGGGCCCCAAAGUGGACGUGACGGGCCCCAAGGGGGAGCUGAGCGGCCCCGUGGUAGACGUGGCCCUGCCCGGCGUGGAGGUGGACAUCCAGGCCCUGGGUGCCAAGCUGGAGGGGGACCUGGCGCUGGCCGACAAGGACGUGGACGCCAAAGACAGCAAGUUCAAGAUGCCCAAGUUCAAGAUGCCCUCCUUCGGCGUGUCUGUGCCUGGCAGGCCUUCCGUGGAGGCCUCGCUGGAGGUGGCGUCGCCCAAGGUGGAGGCGGACGUGGCCCUGCCCUCCGUGCAGGGCGACCUCAAGACCCCUGACCUAAGCAUUCAGCUGCCCUCCGCCGACCUGGAGGUCAAAGCCGGCCAGGUGGGCGUGAAGCUGCCCGAGGGCCAGCUGCCCGAGGGAGGCGGCCUCAAGGGCCACAUGCCCAAGGUGCAGAUGCCCAGCCUGAAGAUGCCCAAGGUGGACCUGAAGGGCCCGCACGUGGACCUGAAGGGCCCCAAAGUGGACGUGAAGGGCCCCAAGGGGGAGCUGAGCGGCCCCGAGGUGGACGUGGCUCUGCCUGGUGUGGAGGUGGACAUCCAGGCCCCGGGUGCCAAGCUGGAGGGGGACCUGGCCCUGGCCGACAAGGACGUGGCCACCAAAGACAGCAAGUUCAAGAUGCCCAAGCUCAAGAUGCCCUCCUUUGGCAUGUCUGCGCCUGGCAGGCCCUCCGUGGAGGCCUCGCUGGAGGUGGCGUCGCCCAAGGUGGAGGCGGACGUGGCCCUGCCCUCCGUGCAGGGCGACAUCAAGACCCCUGACCUCAGCAUUCAGCUGCCGUCCGCCGACCUGGAGGUCAAGGCCGGCCAGGUGGGCGUGAAGCUGCCCGAGGGCCAGCUGCCCGAGGGAGCCGGCCUCAAGGGCCACCUGCCCAAGGUGCAGAUGCCCAGCCUGAAGAUGCCCAAGGUGGACCUGAAGGGCCCGCACGUGGACCUGAAGGGCCCCAAAGUGGACGUGAAGGGCCCCAAGGGGGAGCUGAGCGUCCCCGAGAUGGACGUGGCCCUGCCCGGCGUGGAGGUGGACAUCCAGGCCCCGGGUGCCAAGCUGGAGGGGGACCUGGCCCUGGCCGACAAGGACGUGGCCACCAAAGACAGCAAGUUCAAGAUGCCCAAGUUCAAGAUGCCCUCCUUCGGCGUGUCUGUGCCUGGCAAACCCUCCGUGGAGGCCUCGCUGGAGGUGGCGGCGCCCAAGGUGGAGGCGGACGUGGCCCUGCCCUCCGUGCAGGGCGACCUCAAGACCCCUGACCUAAGCAUUCAGCUGCCCUCCGCCGACCUGGAGGUCAAAGCCGGCCAGGUGGGCGUGAAGCUGCCCGAGGGCCAGCUGCCCGAGGGAGGCGGCCUCAAGGGCCACAUGCCCAAGGUGCAGAUGCCCAGCCUGAAGAUGCCCAAGGUGGACCUGAAGGGCCCGCACGUGGACCUGAAGGGCCCCAAAGUGGACGUGAAGGGCCCCAAGGGGGAGCUGAGCGGCCCCGAGGUGGACGUGGCUCUGCCUGGUGUGGAGGUGGACAUCCAGGCCCCGGGUGCCAAGCUGGAGGGGGACCUGGCCCUGGCCGACAAGGACGUGGCCACCAAAGACAGCAAGUUCAAGAUGCCCAAGCUCAAGAUGCCCUCCUUUGGCAUGUCUGCGCCUGGCAGGCCCUCCGUGGAGGCCUCGCUGGAGGUGGCGUCGCCCAAGGUGGAGGCGGACGUGGCCCUGCCCUCCGUGCAGGGCGACAUCAAGACCCCUGACCUCAGCAUUCAGCUGCCGUCCGCCGACCUGGAGGUCAAGGCCGGCCAGGUGGGCGUGAAGCUGCCCGAGGGCCAGCUGCCCGAGGGAGCCGGCCUCAAGGGCCACCUGCCCAAGGUGCAGAUGCCCAGCCUGAAGAUGCCCAAGGUGGACCUGAAGGGCCCGCACGUGGACCUGAAGGGCCCCAAAGUGGACGUGAAGGGCCCCAAGGGGGAGCUGAGCGUCCCCGAGGUGGACGUGGCUCUGCCCGGCGUGGAGGUGGACAUCCAGGCCCCGGGUGCCAAGCUGGAGGGGGACCCUGCCCUGCCCGACAAGGACGUGGCCACCAAAGACAGCAAGUUCAAGAUGCCCAAGUUCAAGAUGCCCUCCUUCGGCGUGUCUGUGCCUGGCAAGCCCUCCGUGGAGGCCUCGCUGGAGGUGGCGGCGCCCAAGGUGGAGGCAGACGUGGCCCUGCCCUCCGUGCAGGGCGACCUCAAGACCCCUGACCUCAGCAUUCAGCUGCCGUCCGCCGACCUGGAGGUCAAGGCCGGCCAGGUGGGCGUGAAGCUGCCCGAGGGCCAGCUGCCCGAGGGAGCCGGCCUCAAGGGCCACCUGCCCAAGGUGCAGAUGCCCAGCCUGAAGAUGCCCAAGGUGGACCUGAAGGGCCCGCACGUGGACCUGAAGGGCCCCAAAGUGGACGUGAAGGGCCCCAAGGGGGAGCUGAGCGUCCCCGAGGUGGACGUGGCCCUGCCCGGCGUGGAGGUGGACAUCCAGGCCCCGGGUGCCAAGCUGGAGGGGGACCUGGCCCUGCCCGACAUGGACGUGGCCACCAAAGAGAGCAAGUUCAAGAUGCCCAAGUUCAAGUUGCCCUCCUUUGGCGUGUCUGUGCCUGGCAAACCCUCCGUGGAGGCCUCGCUGGAGGUGGCGGCGCCCAAGGUGGAGGCGGACGUGGCCCUGCCCUCCGUGCAGGGCGACCUCAAGACCCCUGACCUCAGCAUUCAGCUGCCGUCCGCCGACCUGGAGGUUGAGGCCGGCCAGGUGGGCGUGAAGCUGCCCGAGCGCCAGCUGCCCGAGGGAGCCGGCCUCAAGGGCCACCUGCCCAAGGUGCAGAUGCCCAGCCUGAAGAUGCCCAAGGUGGACCUGAAGGGCCCGCACGUGGACCUGAAGGGCCCCAAAGUGGACGUGAAGGGCCCCAAGGGGGAGCUGAGCGUCCCCGAGGUGGACGUGGCCCUGCCCGGCGUGGAGGUGGACAUCCAGGCCCCGGGUGCCAAGCUGGAGGGGGACCUGGCCCUGGCCGACAAGGACGUGGCCACCAAAGACAGCAAGUUCAAGAUGCCCAAGUUCAAGAUGCCCUCCUUUGGCGUGUCUGUGCCUGGCAAGCCCUCCGUGGAGGCCUCGCUGGAGGUGGCGGCGCCCAAGGUGGAGGCGGACGUGGCCCUGCCCUCCGUGCAGGGCGACCUCAAGACCCCUGACCUAAGCAUUCAGCUGCCGUCCGCCGACCUGGAGGUCAAGGCCGGCCAGGUGGGCGUGAAGCUGCCCGAGGGCCAGCUGCCCGAGGGAGGCGGCCUCAAGGGCCACCUGCCCAAGGUGCAGAUGCCCAGCCUGAAGAUGCCCAAGGUGGACCUGAAGGGCCCGCACGUGGACCUGAAGGGCCCCAAAGUGGACCUGAAGGGCCCCAAGGGGGAGCUGAGCGGCCCCGAGGUGGACGUGGCCCUGCCCGGCGUGGAGGUGGAUAUCCAGGUCCCGGGUGCCAAGCUGGAGGGGGACCUGACCCUGGCCGACAAAGACGUGGCCACCAAAGACAGCAAGUUCAAGAUGCCCAAGUUCAAGAUGCCCUCCUUCGGCGUGUCUGUGCCUGGCAAGCCCUCCGUGGAGGCCUUGCUGGAGGUGUCGGCGCCCAAGGUGGAGGCGGACGUGGCCCUGCCCUCUGUGCAGGGCGACCUCAAGACCCCUGACCUCAGCAUUCAGCUGCCCUCCGCUGACCUGGAGGUCAAGGCCGGCCAGGUGGGCGUGAAGCUGCCCGAGGGCGAGCUGCCCGAGGGAGGCGGCUUCAAGGGCCACAUGCCCAAGGUGCAGAUGCCCAGCCUGAAGAUGCCCAAGGUGGACCUGAAGGGCCCGCACGUGGACCUGAAGGGCCCCAAAGUGGACGUGAAGUGCCCAAAGGGGGAGCUGAGCGUACCCGAGGUGAACCUGGCCCUGCCCGGCGUGGAGGUGGACAUCCAGGCCCCGGGUGCCAAGCUGGAGGGGGACCUGGCCCUGGCCGACAAAGAGGUGGACGCCAAAGACAGUAAGUUCAAGAUGCCCAAGUUCAAGAUGCCCUCCUUCGGCGUGUCUGUGCCUGGCAGGCCUUCCGUGGAGGCCUCGCUGGAGGUGGCGUCGCCCAAGGUGGAGGCGGACGUGGCCCUGCCUUCCGUGCAGGGCAACUUCCAGACCCCUGACCUCAACAUUCUGCUGCCCUCCACCGAACUGGAGGUCAAGGCCGGCCAGGUGGGCGUGAAGCUGCCCGAGGGCCAGCUGCCCGAGGGAGCCGGCCUCAAGGGCCACCUGCCCAAGGUGCAGAUGCCCAGCCUGAAGAUGCCCAAGGUGGACCUGAAGGGCCCGCACGUGGACCUGAAGGGCCCCAAAGUGGACGUGAAGGGCCCCAAGGGGGAGCUGAGCGUCCCCGAGGUGGACGUGGCCCUGCCCGGCGUGGAGGUGGACAUCCAGGCCCCGGGUACGAAGUUGGAGGGGCACCUGUCCCUGGCCGACAAGGACGUGGCCGCCAAAGACAGCAAGUUCAAGAUGCCCAAGUUCAAAAUGCCCUCCUUCGGCAUGUCUGUGCCUGGCAAGCCCUCCGUGGAGGCCUCGCUGGAGGUGGCGGCGACCAAGGUGGAGGCGGACGUGGCCCUUCCCUCCGUGCAGGACGACCUCAAGACUGCUGACCUCAACAUUCAGCUGCCCUCCGCCGACAUGGAGGUCAGGGCCGGCCAGGUGGGCGUCAAGGUGCCUAGAGUUCUUUCACCUGUUUUUUCUUCUUCAAGUACCUUUGUUCAGUCACAUGACUCUUUUGAUUGUUCUGUUGCCUCUUUUAAAACUCAGAUUUUGUUUCCUAAGUUCUAUAAACCAAAAUUUGUAAUUUCCCUUCCACCAUCUUCAGCAGAAUGUGGUUUGCAUGUGUCUGAGGGUGGCAUUCCUUCUUCCUUUAGUCCUCUUGCAUUGUCAGAUUCUUUAGGCUCCAUGGCUCCAUCUUCAGAUCCCCCUGUUUCUCCUGUUUUGGAGGAAUCCUCCAUUGACUUCGCCAUGACAUUGCCAGUUGAAGGAUCUGAUCAGGAAGGAAAGGGAAGUUCCUUCAAAUUGCCACGCAUCAAGCUCCGUCCAUUCAACUGGUCCCCCAAAAAGGAAGGAGGGUCUGCAAGUGAUUCUGAGUCCCUUCAGGUGGACCCUGUAACUGGUUUAGGUUUCUCUAUGAUUGAAACGGACACUCAAAUUGCGGCCUGUGCUUACCCAGUGGAGUCACUCCAGCCUGCAUCUAUCGAGAAGGAAACAGAGAAGGGAAGAACCCGGAAGCUGAGCUUUUCCAUGCCACGACUUGCACUACCCAAGAUAAAGGGUUCUAAGGGGCGGGCUGGCAUGCUCCAGGGAGAUGUGAAGCCUUCACUUACUGGUACCACAGCUGGAGUUGACUUGGUAGCCAUAGAAACCACUGUCAGUGACAUGCAUGUUGGGAGCACUCAUUCAACAGAUGUCAGUACAGAGCCCUGUGUCAUCUCCCCCUCCAUGACAGCAGGGGUGACUGACCUGGAUGUCAGAGGUGACAGCAAGAGUCAUAUGUUUGUGGGUGUGUCUGCAAGUGAGCCCCUUGGGGAACUGACAGCAUCUAUUACUGGAGACCUGCAGCCAUCCUGUAGACAAAGAGACAAUGCUUCCACCACGGAAAGCGCUGAGAUGGAUCCCACAGCAAAGGAGAUGUCAACAGGCUCGCAUGAGCACUGGUUCAAAAUGCCCAAGUUCCGAGUUCCUGGUUUUAGGCGCUCUUCAUCCAAGGAGCGAGAUGGGGCUGGAGAAGAGGAAGCUACUCAGACACAGACUCCUGUUGUCAGCGUACCCUUAGAGGCAGAAGUAGCAGUAGCCACUGUGCAGCUGUCCCACGUGCCUGAGCCGAAGGUAGGGGCACAUGUCUCCCUGGGGUCCCCAGAGGAAGGGACCAGUGUGAAAACCCCAGAAAGCCCGACGUAUGCAGAUGUUCUAAAACGUGAUCUCCAUGGAACAGGCUCUAGGCUGCACAGCUCCAUUGCUGGGAUGUCCGAGACACGUCUGUCCACCCCUGAGUUAGGGACCCAUCCAGCUAAGGACUCCUUCUCCCUUGAGAUGUCUGGUGUGAGAGUCUCAGAACCCCAACUUCCUCCAGAAGGAAUAGGAGGAAACAUUCUUGCUGAAGCAGAGGCUGGAACAGGAAGCAGGCCUUCCCAGCCGCAAGGGCCUCUGAGGCUGAAGGCUUCCCUAACUGAGAUGCCAUCCCAGGUCUCUGUGGUGAGCACAAGUCAGCUCUGGGAGGAUUCUGUGUUGACUGUAACAUUCCCCAAACUAAAGGUGCCCAAGUUCUCCUUCCAAGCCUCCAGCUCCGAGGCUGAUGUAUUCUUCCCUGUGGUGAGGGAGGUGCAAUGUACAGAGGCCAGCAUUGGCAGGACCGUGCAUGAAGACAGCCCUGGGCUCUGGGAAGCCAGCAUUCUCAAAACAGGAGCUGAGGAUCCCAGAGCGCCACCAGCAAGCCUUGAGCAGUCCUUGGAAGCAUCCCCAAUUUCUAAGGUCAGAGUGCACAUUCAGGGGUCUCAAGGCGAGAGUCAAGAAGUCAUGAUCUGCAGCAGGGUGGAACGAGAGGGUGCGGAUUCCUCAGCACACGGAGCCUUUUCCACUCAGAUUGUGCGGGAGUCAGAGAUUCCUGCUUCUACAGUUCAGACUCCUGCUUAUGGGUUUUCUUUGCUGAAAGUGAAAUUCCCAGAACCUCCUGUGCAGCCUAGUGUGUGUACUGUGGCUCCAGACUCCCAGGUGCAAGAGGGCUUGGGUGGGGCUCCCCUGCCAGCUGCUGGCGAUAUCCCUCCUGAUGCCGGCGAACCGUUUGAAAUGAUCUCUUCCAGUGUUGGUGUGCCACCACUGUCACCGGAGGUGCCUCCUGGGCCCCAGGUUGCAGACAGCACCUCUGAUGAAGAGCCAGCCGAGAUUCUUGAAUUUCCCGAGGACAGCCAGGAGGUAAAGACCCCUGAGAUGGCUACAAAACAGAAGUCCGAAGGUAAAAAGGCCAGCCUGUUGUGGUCCUGGCUUCCAAGCAUUGGCUUCUCCUCUGUGGAAGAGAUGGCUGCUGAUUCCAGAGACACCGCCCAAAGACCGGCUCCAGUCCACGUGCAGCCUGCAGCUCGGCUGGACCCUGACCUGCCCAGGAAACAGGAGAAGGCAGGCUGGUUCCGGUUUCCCAAGUUAGGAUUCUCCUCUUCGCCCACCAAGAAGAGCAGAAGCACUGAAGGUGAGGAAGGGCACACAGAGCAGAGACCCCAGGAAGAAGCUAUCACCUUUUUUGAUGCUCGAGAAAGCUUCUCUCCCGAGGAGGAGGAGGAGGAAGCCGAGACAGAGGUGACAAAUGCCAGGCCCGGUUCCAGAGCGAUGGUGGCGUCCUCUGCAAGAACAGAACUAGUACUGUUGGAACAGACUAAAGACACCAUUGACAAAUCUGCAUCCAGGCCUGUGGCCAAAUGAGGGCCAGAGGUCAGAGUCAGUGCAAGUGACAAGCUAAGCUAAAAGCCAGGGGCUGGGCACCGCGAAAGCACCCUCCCCUAGAAUACAUGUUGUCCACCUUGAUCCACAGACUUGAAACCAGCGCAGAAAUGAAUAGUGCGUCUGUCACAUCACACAGCCCUCCUAUACGAAACCGAAAAUAACGCUAGUUGCUUCCGAGCCUUGGAAGCCAUGAAGGCAGCAAGUUACUGCUGGAGAACUCCGCUGGCCUUUGUGGGCCAAGUCGCAAGAGGCCACCCAAUGCCAGGAGAGCACCAUUGCCUCGGACGUUCCCAUGUCUGUGAGCUGAAGCAGCUUUUGGUGUGAUCUCUGCCCCACUGUUGCUGUUUCCUGGUGAGUUCGGUUUUCCUGUCGGGCAGAGUAUGGUGCGUCCUGGGAAAGUCCCUUGCCUUCCUGCUCAUGAACUUCCUCCUUUGUUGACUGUUUCACUAAUGGCAAGCUUUGGGACGUUGACUGUGAUGACGUUCACCCAGCCAUCUC